AUGACUCCAAUUAAAUUAGGAUUACGAUUAGCCUUUCUCUUAUUAUUUAAUUGGACACUUUUGUUAUUCUACUUUGCUUACAUCACAUAAGAUUAAGAGUUUAGUAUUAAUGAGACUAAACUAUUUAUAAAUAGCAUCUUUGAACAUCAUAUAUAUGAAUCUAACAUAAAAGAUUAGAAUAACAUAGAUAUAUAAAUUGAAAUGAGUGAAGAGGAAGAAUUUGAAUAUACUGAAGAAAACGAAAGAGAAAUUUAAUUUAUUGAUGAUCCAAAAGGAGAUCUAAUUGCUGUAGGAGAUGAUGAUAUAGACACUAAUUAUGAUUAUACAAUCUAAGCAAUAAAAGACAUCAAUCCUAUUAAAUAAAGUAUUCUUGUUACUAAUGAACCUAUUCGGUAAUAAACACAACUUAAUAUCCUUAAAGAUAAUAAUUAUUGUGAAUUAAAUAAUCUCUACGUUAUAACUCAUCAUCAAUUACCUAUCAAUAUAAUCACUGAUUAUCCUAAUGAUAACAUAAUCACUUUUGCAUUAAAUGCUGCUGGUAAAGAUCUACUACCAGAUGUAAUAUUAGAAAGUAAUAAAUUAUAUCAUCUACCCUUUAAUACUACAAUCUUUUUUAUGGAAAAUCUUAAUUUUCAUACAUAUUUUGAAAUUGGGUCUUAAUUUCUCUGUAAUUUCCAAGCUUACAAUCAUAUUCCUGGAAUUGAAAUAUUAUUCAAAAAAUCAUCUCUUUAUCAAAUUUUACAGAAAACUGAAGUUCCUAUACCAGAAACUUUUAUCAUGAAUAGUAAAUCUUCAUUUACUAUUACUUAGAUAUUACAUAAUGUUUAGAAUUUUUUAAGUAAUAUAAGAAUCUAAAUGAAUCAGAAUAUUUGAUUAAGAAUCAUAUUAAAAGAUAAAUUUCAUAAUAAACCUUAGAACACAAUUUUAUAAGAAGAAAAUAUUAAGAUGGUAAAAAUUGUGGAAUUGUGAUUGAUGAUCUUAUAAUAUAAAAGAAGGUUGAAAAUAGACAAAAGAGAUUCUUUGCUAUGUUAUUGAUCAGUCUUGUAGAUCCAUUAUAAUAUUAAAUUUUUGAUGGCUUCUAUUAUAAAAUACAAAAAGUAAAUAAAUCUUAAAUUAGGGUGUUCCUCUAGAUCAUCAAAGAUAUAAUGAAACAAUUAGUAAAAUGAUCAAUAAUCAAAUUGAAUAAUUUAUUCAUAAAAUCCCAAUUCUCAAAGAUAAUAGAUUCUUCUCUCUUCUAAGAAUGGAAUUUAUUGAAGCAGAUUAAAUUUAUCUAAUGUCUAUAAGUAUCAUUUUUAUUAUAAAAAAUAGCUUCAAAUAUUGAUAAAGAUACAUAAAUCAAAGAUUAUUUGACUAGUCUUAUAGUUUCUACCUUGUAAUUAAUUAAUUUCCAAUAAAUCUAAAGACUAUCCCUGUAUCAGAUUGAAAAUCAUUAUCAAUAUUGA